UCGUUCUCUUUCUCUCUUCCCCGCCACUCAUCUCCAGCGAGUUCAAACCCUAGCCCUAAUUCUCAUAUCUCGGCCUUCAAUGGCUCCCUUCGCUGUCGGGUCGGCGGCCUUCGGUUCUUAUUUAACCUCUGCUCCCCAAUUGACUGCUUGCACCUCUCGCCUGUGCCAUCCGAUCUCGAGUUGUCUGUAUCUGCGGAACAAUGGGCGGCCGCGCAGAGGCACUGCUUGCCGUCGCGCCGGAUCUCUCUCUCUUGGUGCUAGAAUGUCAGCUGCUGAGCUUGAAACAUCUCUUGCUGUAAAGAAGAUGGCAACAGAGAUCUCUUUCGGACUGAAGGGAACAUCUAUCUUUCUUGUUGGUAUCAACUGUAGCAUGAAAACCAAUGUGGGAAAAGUUUUGGCAGAUGCAUUGAGAUAUUACUACUUUGACAGUGACUCUGUGGUUGAGGAAGCUAGUGGCGGUGAAUCUUCUGCUACAUCCUUUCUCGAAAGAGAUGAAAAGGGCUUUCGCGAAUCGGAGACCGAAGUAUUGAAACAAUUAUCAUCAAUGGGCCGUCUCGUCGUUUGUGCAGGCGAUGGUGCUGUACAGAGCCCUCAAAAUUUGUCUUAUCUGCGAUAUGGCAUUUCGGUAUGGAUAGAUGUGCCAUUGGAUUUAUUAGCAGACGAGAUGGUGGGAGCUCAGGUUCCAUCUGCUUCUGAUCAAAGCAUGUCACAAUCGGAUCCUUUUCAGGAGGCUUUGGAAGGUUUAACUAAGCGGUACAUGGCAGUGAGCGGAGGAUAUGGAACCGCAGAUGCCACAGCCUCACUACUGAAAGUGACAACUAAAUUGGGAUAUGAUGACUUCAAAUCAGUCACUCCAGAAGACAUGGCAAUUGAGGCAAUGACGGAAAUUGAGAAAUUGACUAGAGUGAAAAAGAUGAUAGAAGCAGCUGCCAAACCAUUUUAAUGCUCAAUUCAACUCAUCUAAAUCAUACCAAGAGUUGAUUUAUCUGUUUGAAACUCUGCUUUAGUCCAUGUAUUGAAUGUCAUCAUCACAAACCUUGUCCUGAGUUGGAAGGUCUAUGAAUCAUGCUGAGAUUUUCUUUAACAAGGGAGAUUAUUAUGAUGUCAUUAGCCUCACAAAUAAUAAGAGACAUUAGAUUAGCAAAUCAUAUGUGGAAUGCUGUGUUGUUUGUCCGUUA